UCUAGGCUGUUUCUUACUAUUUGUAUAUGUUUGUUUUUAACUAAAAAUAAAAUAUCAACCAAGUGCUUACAUGAUAUGUGGUCUGCUGUGACUGGAGUAAAUGUGGAGAUUGGUCUGGACUAGGGAUGGGUGACGCUUAAAACAGCCCAGGAUCGAGUGGAAUCGAAACAUCUCCAGUCAAACCACAUCCAGUCACCUGGGAGGAAGUCUAUUUAGUCUUUGCGCCGAAAACCAAGAACCAAACCGACACACCGAGAUGGCAAAGAUCCUAUUUGGAGUCAUUGCAGUUGUUGCAUCUUUAAUGCUGGCGGAGUCCCUAACCUGCAACCAAUGCAAUUAUGGUCUGUUGGGCUUCUGCUUAAGCACUUCUACAGCGACCUGCAGCAACACCAGCGUCUGCUUUACUGGAAAAGCAACUUUCACAGGAUUGACCUCUGUGGGCUUCAACACCCAGGGCUGCCUUGAACCCACCAGCUGUAAUGUGACCAACAACGGCAGCCUGCUGGGUGUCUCCUACACGACCCAAACCACCUGCUGCUCAACAGACAAGUGCAACCCUGUUCAGACCAGUGGCGCCCCAUCCACCAAGAUGACCCUGACCGCUGCCAUUGGUGUAGCCGUCCUGGCUUCCAUGUGGGGAAGCAUACUGUAACAUGCUAAUGCUAAAUCACCAUAAGCAGCUCGCUGCUUCCAGCUGCUCCUGAAACCCAUUCAUAUGAUUCAUUAUACCAAUCAGGGUUUUACAAGACCAAACACUUUUGAUCACAUUUGAUCCUAUGAGUUUAUAUAUAUGAUUUUUAUAAUGCUCAUGUUCUGUGACACUCUUUGUUUUUCAUAACUAAGGUCUUGUCAUGUCAGGGUUCAUUUCUAUAAUGACAAGUUAUAUUAAAGCCAAAACUAAGGUGUCCACAACAUGGUAGUUGAGCAAUGUGAUGUUUCAGGGAAACAUUGAGUUCGUAAAUCUACCUUGCUUUGCUUUGUUUUAUAUUGUAUUUAUCCUUUUAACUACUUUCUGUCCUACUAAACAAACAUUGAUGUGAAAAUAAAGAAGCAUCAACUACUCUUAUGAGAAAAGAAAAAACUCAAUGAGAGUGAAGUGGAGAACAGAACAGCAAUCAGGCAAUCUUGUGUUUUCUCCUCUAGCUUGCAGUGGAUCUCUUGGUCUGUCUGUGGCAUGGUUGCUUGCAACACUUUGUGCCUGACAAAUGUUACGGUACAUUCAGUCUGUAAACCCAAAUCAGAUUUUUGGACACUCCAGGAAAAAAGAUGUCAUCCUCUGGGACAGGAAAGAGUGGCCAGUCAAGAAAUAAGGUUUCUUACGAUAGAUAUAUUAAGAAAUUAUAUUUAAUUAAUUAUUGAAUAAAACAUAUGGUAUUGCAAAUAUUUAAUUGUUCAUCUAACAACAGCAACAUCAAGAAAUGAAGUGCUACAUGAUGUGGCAUACUCCUGCUGGGUGUCUCCUACACAACCCAAAACCACCUGCUGCUCAACAGACAAGUGCAACCCAGUUACAAUCAGCGGAGCUCCAUCCACAAAGAUGACCCUCACCGCUGACAUUGGUGUAGCCGUCCUGGCCUCCAUGUGGGGAAGCAUACUGUAACAUGCUAAUGCUAAACUACCAUAAGCAGCUAGCUGCUUCCAGCUGCUCCUGAAACCCAUUCAUAUGAUUCAUUAUACCAAUCAGGGCUUUACAAAAAUUAUUAAUUAAUUAUUAAAAAUAAACUAUUUGGACCUUU